CAAACACGGCGGAUUCACUUUCGCAGUGACAAAAAGUACUAAAUAUAAUGUAUGUAAACAUGUAAUGUAUACAAAUAUCUUGCCAGGAGGUGGAUAUUCUUAACGCGCAAGGUAAAAUGGACGUUGAAGAAAGUCCAUCUGACGUGGCGUCCGACAGGUGUGGACUGCCAAGUGUCCACCUCAGCACUGAUGAGGACAGUGAUGAUUUUUCAUGCCAAGAGACCUUUAACGAAGAAGAGCCGGCCUUCCCUCCUGAUUUGGAGUGGUUAGAGGAGUUGUAUAAAGAUGACCAUGAUGAUGUUGACGGCGAUGGUGACCUUGCGGUCGCGGCCGUGGAUGGCAGGAAGAGGCGUUAUGCCGAGACAGCACGGAUGUUCAAGCUGAGACGAAACCUGGACCAGCUGGACUGCUUUCACCGACAGAAGGAGCAUGACGUGCUGAAAGCCAGGGAUGAGCUUAAACUCUGUCGUCAGAACAUUAAAAGUUUGGUGGAGCACAGGGAUAACUUGGAGAGAGAGAUAGAACGUCAGAGAGCAGCACACGACAGUGUGGCUGUGUUUCGUUUGCGAUCCCAACACAAACAUUUGUGUCAAGAGCUUCAGAGUGAGGAGGAACUGGAGGGCCACAUCAACACCGGGCUGAAGCAGCAAGAACUUGUGCUGAGGGAGGUUGAGGUGGAGCUUGGCAGGUUCUCCUCGCUCCGGCACGAGGUGCAGGAGGAGCAGCGACUCUUCCAGGCCCAUAAGAACCAGAAGACAUCGACAAGGCUGCAGCGGGAGAGGAAAGCCAGCCAGAACCUGCAGUUCAAGAUGCAGCAUCUCAAGCAGAAACAGGCAGCCGCGCUGAAGAAAGAGGAGGCUGGAUGUCAGACGAAAAUUGAAGAGGGACGGGCAAACCGCAAGACAGCUGCCAAGUACCUGAAAGAGACCAUAAGAAGGAUGCAGCAGCAGGAGGCUGAGAAGCAGCAGCAGAGGAGGGAGUUCCUGGAAAAGAGGAUUCAAGCUGUCAACUCACUGAAAUCUAACAUAGCAGCCACCCAAGAGAGCUUACGGGUGCAGCAAAGCAGAGCCAGGGCAAAUGCCCAGAAGGAAGAGGUGCGACAGAGACAACUAAGAGAAUCCCUUGAGGCCCGAGGAAUCAACAGUACCAAGCAUAUGUACCAACAGAAACAACUAGAGGAGAUAAAACGAAAACAAGCGGAAUUCGAGGAGAGGCAGAAGUCAAAGAGAGUGGAGAUUGUGGCAAAAAUCCUUCAGGAGGAGCAGCAGGUAAAGAGCAGAAAGAGACACCAGGCACUGCUGCCCAAACCCUCAACCUGUGACAAAACCCCGCGCGCAGGGAGAGCAGGAGAGGAGCUCCUCCGCUACCUGGCUCCCAGGCCGCCGUCGGCCCCCGAAGAGAGAGCCACACACCAGCUGAUCCGGUUCAGUGACGUCAGCAGCUCGUCGUCAGCCUCCUCUGAUGUUGAGGACCUGGAGGAAACCAGGCAGCGGGACGAGGACCACCAGAGCCUCGCUGGCAGCCUGGCUGAGCCUGAGUUCUCUGGGCUGUGGGACCAGAAUUACGAGAAGCUCCAGAAUGAGAAAAGGCCCAUGGUGCAGACAGAAGUAAAGCAGAAUGAACCGGCACUCAACAUUGCUGCUAAAAAGGUUCAUGGAACAGAGUUGAAAGGUCGUCCGUUCAUCAGUAAACCAGCGGUCAUCUUCUUCAAGGACUUUGAAGUUGGAAUAAUCUAUAAGAAGAAAAUUGUCUUGACUAACGUCAGCUACGUCACCAACCACUGCAAGCUCUUGGGGGUCUCCGCCCGACUGAAAGGCUUCCUCUCUAUCAACUUUGAGCCUCCAGGUUCUUUAUCCACUGGGAUGUCAUGUGACAUGCAGGCUGUUUUUCAACCUACGAUCAACGAGGACUUGGAGGGUGAGGUCCACUUUGUGUCAGCGCUCGGUCCCUUCUCUGUGCCCGUCACAUGCACCAUAAAGAAAUGCGAGCUGGAGGUCGACAGCCAGUUCAUUGACUUCGGGUCGCACGUGGUGGGCCAGACUAUUUCACGGAUCAUCACCUUAACCAACAAGGGGGCCCUUGCCACCCUCUUCAGCUUGGACACCUCCUCGUGUCUCAGUCCAGAAACCAGCCAUGUCCAGGCAUCCAACGUCUCUGCCAACACCUGCCAGGAGAAAAGGAGUCAAGACACAUCGUCUGAGGACCGGAGCAGCUCUGUUUCCAUGGGCACCGUAGAGCUCCAACCAAAGCAAGAGAGGCAGGAGCUCUCUGAGGCUCUGCAGCAGGAGCAGCCCGGGUCCAAGGCUUCGGCUACAGGUGCAGAAAUCAAUCCUGAGGCUUGUGCGUCCAGCGAUGUGCGUGUCCAGAUGAGCCAGAGCCACUCAGACUCCUGUGACCUAAGUCUUGGAAAUGUUCGUGAAGGGGAGAUCGGACCCUUUCAAAGUCUCCAACUGGAAGUUCUUUUCAGUCCAACCAUUCCAGGAAGGGUCAAACUGGACUUCCACAUCAUUUUCUCUGACUCAAUCAGCAAACCAAUACCCAUCCAGGUGAGGGGGGUUGCAGUCAGUGUCCCUGUAUGUGUGGUGCAGCCCAGCAUUGACCUGAAGAUCUGCAUGUUUGACCACCUCUAUCAAGACAGUAUCGUGGUCCAAAGCAGAGCCAGCUCAGCCCUGAGGCUGACCUUUGAGGUGUGCCCGGAAAUGAGAAAACACAUGGAGAUCCUUCCAAAGACUGCUUUCAUCCAGGCCCAAUCCAGCUUUAAUGCCCAACUCAAGUUCCUGCCGAGAAGCUCUUUAUCCAAAGAUGCAGAGAAUCUUUUUGACAGCGAUACAGGAGUCCUGGAGGUCCCGAUGGCCGUCCAAGUAGCCGGCCAGGUGACGCCGGCCCGUUUCACGGUGCAAGCUGUCGUGACCUCGUCAGAGCUGCGGUUCGACCGGACUCUGAUGGACUUUGGCUUCUGUUCCAUCUACCAAUCGGUCAAGAGCAGCGUUCGCCUCACCAACCUGUCCCUGCUGCCUCAGGACUUUGGCUUCCUGACAGUUCCAGAGUUUAUUGAGCUGCAGCCUAAUGAUGGCUUCGGCACUCUGCUCCCACAAGAGACCCUGGAGAUAGAUCUGAUUUUCAGUGCCAAAAAGGCCAAAGAGUACAAUUUCCAGCUCCGCUGCAAAUCAGGAAUUAACAGAGAUGUCCUCCUGUCAUGCCGAGCGGCAGGUGUCCGCCCUCCGCUGCUGCUCUCCCACUCUCUGGUUCAGUUUGGGGCCACGGCCCUAGGGGACCGAUCCACUGCCGUACUUCACCUGAUCAACCCCUCAGCAAGCCACCAGUCCAAAAAAAACACCCCUCCAGUGGGGAAGGGCGCCGUGGCUCCUGCGACCCCCAGGCUCUUCUCCUUCAGCCUGCCCGAGGAUUCAGACAUAAGCAUCGCUCCUUCAGCAGGCCGCCUACUGCCGGGAGAGAGAUGUCUGCUCCAAGUGACGUUCAGGCCCCGACUGCGAGACCAAGACAUCCAAGAGGAGGCGCUGCGUCUCCUCCGGCGAGCCGAGCUGCUCCGCGUGGAGGAGCUGGAGAGGAGCAGACACGCUGAUCAGGAGGCUUUAAAAGAGGUCCCCGUGGUCACCGCUAAAGGGAAGAAGGCAUCUGUGAUCCCAAAGACGAGCCAGGCCUGCGGCGGCCCAAAGACGGACCAACCAACUGAGUCACCAAAUCCAGCAGAGUUGCGGCCAUGGUCGGAGCGGCACGAGGAGGCCAGAGCCUCUCUGCUGCACUCCUUCACUCGCCGCUACAGGGAGAGCACCGUGCCCUGCUUCGUGUCGGACGGAGACCCCCCGGAGGACGAGCCACAGGCCCAGCCCGCGUGGAGUGCCUUCAACACGCUGUACCUCAAGCUGCAGUGUCCUGCUGUCCAGCCCCCCCUAGUGGUCAUAUCCAACAGUGCAAAGAAUAGCAUAGACUUCCAUCAGGUGGCAGUGGGAGAACGAGUGAUCCAGAGGUUUACCGUUCAGAACAUUUCAAGGGAAACUCUGGAUCUGAGGUCAUCGGUGCUGGACGUGCACGGCCCUUUUUCCCUUCUGAAUGCUCUCAGGUGCAUUAGACCCGGAGAAAAACACACUCUGGUUCUGGCCUUCAGUCCGUCUCUGGAGAAAAAGUACUGUGAGAUUUUGGAGGUGUGUAGCCAGAAGAUGACCCUGGAGAUGACUCUGAGUGGGGUGGGCGUGGUCCCCGCCGUCACCUCCUCCCACCCCGGAGGUGUCCUUGACUUUGGCUAUGUGUUGCAGAAGGAGAGCGCCGUGCGUGUCCUGAAGCUGCAAAACAGCUCAGUGGUGGCCGUGGGUUUUCGGGCGCUGCUGGCCAGCCUCUCGCCCUCAAGGCCUCCGGGUGGAGCGGACAGCCUGGCCUCCCUGCUGCGGACUCCCACGGACUCUCCGGUCCAGCCUACUGUCGGAACCCAGAACUUCAGCGGGCUGAGUGUGUUCAGCGCAGUUCCAGCAGAGGGCAGCGUUGCUCCAGGACAAAGCCUCGACAUCGCCGUCACCUUUCGGCCCGACCACCCUUCUGUCAGCUAUUCUGACAGGCUGACCGUAGAGCUCAUGAAUAAGAGCAAAGUGUGCGUGGCGGAUGUGAGGGGGGCAGCUUGUUCACACAACAUGUAUCUGAUGGGAGGAGACGCGCUGACGGUGCCCAUCGAAUCCCUCCUCCCUCCACUGGCAGCCAGACGACCUGCGCUCACAGCAGAGCUGGAGCUGAAGGAGAAGCCCACCACCCCUGUGCUGGUGACCCUUCGGGCCAGCUACACUGCAGGAGUCAUCACACCUGCGGUGAGGGAGCUGCAGGUGGGCUGCAUCGCCACACAGUCCGUGAGGAAGGGCGGUGAGUUUCAGUGGGACAACGCGGCGUCCCUGCAGCAGCUCGGCUUCAGCGUGGAGCCCAGCAAAGGCUCCGUGGAGACGGGCCACAAGCGCACCGUCACCGUCACGUGGGUUCCCCACAGUGGGUACAAGCCCUAUGAGGUGGUGCAGACAUGUUUACCUCUUACCUUGACGGGGGAUGAGACCAAUGUUUACAGAGUCACCCUGAUGGCGUUGGUCUCCACCACGACCGACUGACCUCUACAGGGUCGGGACGCCGGCCAAUUGGAAAUCAUCUCACACGCACUCUGAAAUGUAUGUGGCCAGCAUGAACUAAAAAUUGGAUUAUAUAUGGAUUGUAUUUAAUCACAUCAAUAAAAGAGUUACUGUA